AUGUUUGGCCCAGGGGGAUCGGCGCUCAAAGCUAUCCACUCAUCAAUCCUAGAGUUCAUAACGGCGCUUGAGAAACUGGGGAGAUGGGAUGGCUCGAGUGAGGAGGCAAUCAGGGUUUGUUGUAGGUUCACUGUCGCUGAACCAAAGCUGCAGCUUGGUGGUAACGAUGCUGUUGGAGACACGCGGAAGCCUGAGGGCGAGGAAACUUGUGACUGGGAGGUCGGGGGAUGGGAAACUACCCUCAUAGCUUUGUGGGACGGGAAGCCGAUCACUUUUUGCAUCCGCGACAUGAGUUGGGACAUCACAGUAUUCCUUGUUGGCUCCAAUCCAUUCGGAUUCCUUGGAUACAGUGGGGUUCACGAGAUCAACGUGUAUGUUGGGUGUCAUAUUGGAGGACAAUGCAAGGCUGAGAGCAUUAUCCAUCCGAAAAUUUUAUCACGAACGACGAUUUAUGUAAUAUCCGUAGAUGAUUUUACGAGAUUACAGAGCUACAACCUUCGAAAAAGAAUGGAGCAUUCAUCACGGUUUGAACCCGUGACCGCUCAGAAUACACCACUGUAA